UCUGCCCGGGAGCACCUGCCAGGGCCGGCCCAUCCCCGCCCGGGUGGGUCGGGCAGGGCUCGGGGCCGCGGCCGCUCCGGCCCCGCUCCGCAGCGCCGUUUCCGGGCCCGCGGGCAGGUGAGGCGGCGGCGGGCGGAGCGGAGGGAGCGGAGCGGCCGCGAUGAGGCUGCUGCUGCUGGCGUGCCUGCGGGCACAGACCGGCAACGCCACCACGGCCGCCAGGAUCCGGAAUCAUCUACAGGCUGCAGGUCACAUCUGUGUUCUUAAAGAUGCUUUCAUGUAUGGAAGUGCAGCUGAAAUAGCAAACCUGACCUCCUCAGACAAGUUUGAUGCAGCCCUGGCCAUUCACCUCUAUAAAGGAGGCAGACUGCUGCAAGGGAGCAGAAUUCCCUUUGGGAUCAUCUUUGGUGGGACAGAUGUCAAUGAAGACGUGAAAUGCAAAGAGAAGCGCCAGGUGAUGGGAGCAGUGCUGGAGAGAGCCAGGUUUGCGGUGGCUUUCACGGUGGAAAUGAAGGAGCUGGCAGCAGCAGAGUGGCCAGAUGCUCGGAAGAAGAUUUAUGUCCAAAGCCAAGGAAUCAAGGCUACACCCAGUGAAACAUUUGAUUGGUACCAAUUUCUACAAAAUGCAGGCAUCCCUGCAGACUCAGGCCCUGUGCAUCUGUUCCUCCUGGUGUGUGGGCUGCGCAGAGUGAAGGACCCUCUGUACCUGGUGGAAGCUUUCUCAGAGUGGCACAGAAAGGAUCCCAGUGUCCAUCUGGGCAUAAUUGGACCUGCAGUUGAUCCACUGUUUACCAGUGAAGUUGAGGAGAGAGUUAAAAGGGCCCCCGGGGUGCGCGUGCUGCAGGAGCUGCCCCAGCCCGAGCUGCACGCUGCCCUGCGCUGCUGCCUGGCCCUGGUGAACAGCUCCAGCUCCGAGGGCAUGUCUGCUGCCAUCCUGGAGGCAAUGGAUUUAGAAGUUCCAGUGCUGGCCAGGAACAUUCCCGGGAAUGCAGCAAUAAUAAAGCACAAGGAAACGGGGCUGCUGUUUUCCACUCCCCAGGAGUUUGUUGCGCUGUCCAAGAGUUUAAUGAAUGACCCCACUCUGGAAAAGGAAAUUGUGACCAGGGCCAAAGAGUACGUGGAGCAGCAUCACUCCUGGGAAGGGGAGAGGAAAACCUACCAGAGCCUUGUGCAGAGACUCCAGUGACCUGGCAGGGCCACAGAGCCCUUCAGUGAUGGCAUUGGGCUGGGGUUCCUUGGGUUCUUUCUAAAAACAGCCAGAAAUUGUUCAAUAGAGUAACAGCCCAGAGCAGAGCUGCUGCAGGGCCAGGCUGAGCCAGGGCAGCCCUGGGCAGUGCCAGGGCAUUGCUGCUCUGAUCCCUCCCUGGGCAGUGCCAGGGCAUUGCUGCUCUGUGCCAGGGCAGUGCCAGGGCAUUGCUGCUCUGAUCCCUCCCUGGGCAGUGCCAGGGCAUUGCUGCUCUGAGCCAGGGCAGUGCCAGGGCAUUGCUGCUCUGAGCCAGGGCAGUGCCAGGGCAUUGCUGCUCUGUGCCAGGGCAGCCCUGGGCAGUGCCAGGGCAUUGCUGCUCUGUGCCAGGGCAGUGCCAGGGCAUUGCUGCUCUGAUCCCUCCCUGGGCAGUGCCAGGGCAUUGCUGCUCUGAUCCCAGGGCCCUCCUGGCACACAGGGUCGCAGGGAAUGCUCUGCCCAUGCUCCCUCCCACCCUGCAGCACUGCCAGCCCCUGCCCACAGCCAGGGGCACUCACACACCUGCUGCAGCCCAGGUGCACGAGCAGAGGAUGAACUCUGGACAGCACAGCUCCUGCAGGCACCCCUGAGCAGCCCAGGGGUCAGAGCCAGCCUGGGCACAGGGAUGGGCACAGGGGGCUCUGUGCUGAGCCCUGAGCCCCUCAGAGCAGCCCAGGGAUCAGAGCCAGCCUGGGCACAGGGGGCUCUGUGCUGAGCCCCUCAGAGCAGCCCAGGGAUCAGAGCCAGCCUGGGCACAGGGAUGGGCACAGGGACGGGCACAGGGUGCUCCUGCAGCCCCCCAGAGCAGCCCAGCUCCCCUGAGCCUGCAUUCUGCCCCUGGCACAGGGCAGGAGCUUGGCCCAGGUGCCAGAGCCGUGCCAGAGCUGCUUGGUUACAUAAACUACCUCUUGCUUUGCCAGUUCCUUUGGUACCUCUGUGAUUUGCUUAUUUAUUGAAAGAUUUAUGAGACCUGUACAAAGGGAUGGGGUUGGAGGUAUUUGCUGUGUGUUUUGGCACUGUUUGUUCUUAUUUGUGGCUUUUCAGGAUGUAUUUAUUCCAAUACAAUGCAGCAGCCUUGUCUGAAAGUGAGACUGAGCUCUGCCCAAAGCCCACACUGCUCAUCCCUGCCAGCCCAGGGACCAUGGACACACCUCUGAGUCUGUAAUUGUUCAUCAAAGGACUUGCAGCUAGAGGAAAAAAACCAAAAAACAGCAACAACAACAAACAAACAAAAAGGAGGGGCAUAUUUGUAAUUUCUGGUUCUUGGGAACCUGUUUGCUUUGUAGGUCUCGAGCCUGCCCCAAGGAGAGCCUGUGAAAUGCUUUCUGUUGAUCCAGUGGCUGUUGUGUCAGACUUUCCUCUGUAAUAAUGAAGUUCACAGUGUGUUUUAAGCUUUCCUCUCUAUUUUUGAUGUUUUGCAAGGUUCUGGUACAGUAAACAAGAAAGCAGUUUGA